GAUUGUUGUCGGAUGUCUCGCACAUCAAAUAUUCAAAUAGAAAUAUAUUGUUUGGUCAGUGCCAGAGCAUUUCGACAUGAGGGAAAGCAGGAUGAACCAUUUAGUACAAUGUAAAUAUUUUUUACAAAAAAAUCACGUUGAUAAGCUUAUUAAUUUGGUCGAUUAUUUGAAUCUCAACGAAAUCGAAGAAGAACAAUUAGAGAAUGAAAAUAUCUUAAGGAAUACAAUACGUGAGGUAAUGGGAAGAUUUGUGGGAAUUAAAAUACCGUUGUGUUAUUUAAAGUCGUUUAAAAGUACGAUUGUUAGCUUUAAGAUUGAUUAUUUGAAAACGGUAAAUUUGUAUCGAUUAAAUUAUGGCAUAUUGGCUGUGGCUAGUGUUGAAUAUAUCCUGUACCCCAACCAAAAUUAUGAACAAUACUUGCAGAUAUAUGAUUGUAAUAGAUCGACCGCAAUGAAGAUGUAUAAUAAGCUGUGUGGUGUUCCAGAAAAACAGAAACAAACAGUGAACAUAGCUAUAUCAGCUAGAUCUUUUUUUAAGUGCUCUAAGUUUUUAGAACAACCUGAUUUCUUGAAAAUGAUCAGAGCAUAUUUAAGAAAUAUUGAAAUAGAUAAUUAUGAAUUAUCUUAUAUCCGAGAAGCAUCGAUUCAAUUUAUAGAUAAUAAUAAACCACAGCAGCCAGUAGAGCCUAAAUUUACUUCACGUAAACCUCUAAAUAAAACGUUAUUAAUUACACCAGAAUAUUUGUUUAACAAACUUAAUGCAACCUCUGUUAUCAAUUUACAAGAAUAUUUAAUUGUCGAGGAAAUUGAAGAAGAGAAUUUAGAGGAUAGACAUCUUUUGAUUUAUAUGAUACGGAAGGUGAUGCAAAAAAGUUCAGGAGGUAGGGGUCCAAUAGAACGCAACACGUUUAAAAAUACCCUCCUUACUCUUACAAUAGAUUAUGUCAAGACAAUACAUCUGUAUCGGAUCAAUUAUGGGAUACUGAUGGUCGCAUGUAUAGAGAUUGUAUUGUAUCCGGGAAAAGACGAUCAAACUUACUUGAAAAUAUAUAGUUGUGAUCGAAAUAAUGCGUGCAAGUAUUAUAACGAACUGCGUUGUCUUCCAGAACUAGAGAAACAAGACGUUUCCAUAAUGAAAUCGGCUAGAUCUUUUUUUAAUUCUACUACGUUUCUAACCAAACCUGAUUUCCUUCAAGCAAUACGAGCAUAUUUGAAAGCAAUAGGAUUAGAUAUUGAUAAUGACGAGUUGAAAUAUAUAAGAGAAUUUUCAAUUAAAAUUAUAAAUGAUAAUGCAGCUAAAAUCGGAGUUAAGCCGCUACCAAAUGUUACUGAUUCGAUCGAAGAUCAAUAACUUUGCCUGAGACGGACCAACACCAGAUGUGUCAUCGGUAAAUUCUGUUUAUUCAUCAGUUGGAUCGAAAACUUGAUAACCAAAAAAGAUUGUGGAAGUUCGUGGUCAUUUGAUGCAAACUAAAUUGUUUACAUUAUCAAAAGAAAAAGCCGUAAUUUCAUUGGAAAAGAUAUAAAAUUAGUUUACUGAAGAAGAUAUCGAUAACACUGCUGACUCUCUGAGUUCAGAUUUGAUAUGAGAAUGCUUUACAAAUGCAACAGCAUUAGCAAUAAUUAAUAGAUUAAAUUGCUGUCAAUGUAAUGUAAUUAAUCUU